AUGAAAGUUGAGCCCCUAGAAACAGCGUCAGACACAGAAAAGGCUCCGUAUCCCUUUGGUUUUGAAAUCAGAUGGCCGUGGUAUCGAAGACUCCAGUUUUUCUUUGGAUGCUUUACGAUUAUUCCAUUGAGGAUUAUCGGACUUUCCAUAACCCUACCAAUAUCCCUGGCAUUUGCGAACAUCGUCAAAGCUUCAGCAGAAAAAGGCGCAAAACGAUCACAAGUUUAUACGAAAUGGUACCAGCUCUUUCUUAUCAAACUCGUUCUAUCGCUGGCCAAAUUUCAAAUCUUUAUCCUCGGCAUUUCCAUCGAUCAUAAAGGCGAGCCAGCAUCACGUGACGAGGCGCCGAUGAUAGUUCUAGCGCCGCAUAGUACGAUCAUCGACGGUAUGUUUCUGCCUUACCAUGGAAUGGUUUUUAAAUACAUGUGCAACCCAAUUUACGUCGAAAGGGGUGAUCGAAAAUCUCGCUCUUCCGUCGUCCAUGAAAUCAAACGCCGAGUGAAUAUAGAGCAACCCUAUCCUCAGCUCGCAAUUUUUCCUGAAGGAACAAACUCAAACAGUCAAAGCUUGCUCGCUUUCAAGAUCGGCGCUUUCAUCCCUCGAGUGCCGAUCCAGCCAGUUUGCUUGUCGUUUAAUUGCUGGAAUACGAUCGUCUGGACUUUCGAAGGACCCUCACUCAUCUGGUGCUGGUUGUUCACCCUCUCUCAGUUCAGAAUACAGUUGACUUUCAACUAUCUGCCCGUCGAAAAGCCGCUCGAUAAUGAAGAUCCAGCUUCAUUUGCCGAGCGAGUUAGAGUAGAAAUCGGCAGAAGAACAGGACUUGCUCUGUCGAAACUUACCUUUGAAAAUGGCCUCAUCAACGAAGAAUGCAAGCGACUUGGAUUGCCAAGAGAAACGAUUGAAGAAAAUGCUGAGAAAUUGAUGAAAGCCUGCGAGUUGAAAAUCAAAGACAUCUACCACCGGCUUCAAGAAUUCAAGGAUUUGAGAAAUGCAAAAGAAAAUUUGAUCACUUUCGAGUCGCCAGUUGCCGUCCACUGGGGCUGGUCGAAUGGAUGGCUUCUCUACCCACCGGAGAUAAUACGACUUCCACCGGCAGUUUGGUAUCGCGAUUAUGCAGGAGGCGGAAAUGUUCACGCCGUUGGAGGGAUCGCAGCUCUUGUAGGUUGCGUUUUCAUGGGACCAAGAGAAGGUCGAUUUGAAGAUGGAAGAAAAUAUCACAUUCCCGGACAUUCUACCCCGCUGACUUGCAUGGGCGCUUUCAUUCUGAUCAUAGGUUUCCUAGCGAUGGUUCUCGGGCAUGGCGAUAAUGUUGCUCUUGGAGUGACAAACUUGACGAUUGGAGGGAGCAUGAGUGGAAUCACAUGCAUGUGCAUCGUUUUCAUCACACCAAAAGUGGAGUAUCUUUGGAAAUACAAAAUCAUGAAGCUUCCAAGGUCAAGAAAAGUCAAGCCGAAGCAGUUUUGGUCAUUUUUAGGAUUUGGUCUAGUCGAAACCCUCAUAGUUUUGGACUGA